UUAAAGGGGUGUUUGGGAAGGGGUGGAGGAGGGUUAUUGAUGGCAUGGCAAGGGAUGAGCAGCUGCCAUCGCGCUGUUGGCGUUAGACACUUCGCGCUGGGGCGGGGUAGACGCUCAGCUGAGGGGUUCUGUUUGUACAGAUGGGAAACCAUAAGCCAACUUGAGUGGGUGAAGAUGCAGUCUUCAAAGAUCAGGCUGAUUGUUCCACGCGGCCUCAAGACUCUGCUUGAGGGAGUGAGCCGGGCUGUCAUAGAAAACAACCCAGAUGACAUUGCUGAGUUUUUUGCUCUCUAUUUCCAAGAGCUUGUCACCUUUCGAAAAGGUUUGUUCCUACCAGUGCUUCCUCUGAAGAAUCAUCCAAAUCUGGAUCUAACAGAGCUGGUUGAACAGUUUGAGUUCAUUAGCGAAAAUGGGAAUAAGGGACUGGAAGAGAAGACAUCAGAGUACACAGAUACUUUGUUUUCUGGGGAGCCCAAGCAAAAGGACAAGUGUACUGACACAGAGGAAGACCAGCUCCUUGAAGAACCUGAUAUUCAAUAUAGCUCCAAAGUAACUCAACACCCAUCAAUUGCCAGUUCCAUUGCAGAAAGCAAAUCCUCCCCUGGAUCUGAUGGAGCUUCAUCCCCUGAGGGACCUGAACUGGUGUACAUCCCUGCUGAGCCUGCACAGCUUGCUGCCCAUGUGCUAGGUAACACUGAUUCUUUUUAUUCUGUGAGGGAUGUGGCAACCAGCGUGCAGACUCUUCAUGAAGACUCUCAGACCUCAGAGGAUGAAUGUACACCAGUAGAAGGUGCUGCUGAAGAUGCUUCUGCUGUCCCAGCAGCUGAUGCUUCUGUAGAGGCUGUUAGGCCACAACCAGGAGCGUGGAGUCAGUCCUCCAUAGCUGGAGAACUAGGGCCCUCAGACAGCCAGGCUGAUGUCUCAACAAAUGAUGUAAAUCAAGCUUCCUUGGUCUCUUUGUGGGAAGACCCAUCAUCAUUGCCUCUUUCACUACCACCAUCACGUACUCCUAAAGAUCCAUUGCAGGCUGUGCCUUCCUGCAAUGAAGCUGAGGUUACCUCAACCACUGAGGUUGUAUCACUGUGUUGGGAUGAUGAGCUGAUUAUGGACACAGAGGUUCUACCUUAUGUAGAGCAGUUUCCACAGAAAAUAAUCAUUCCCUUUGUAGACCAAACAGCUUAUCUGUUAAAGAUUGAGCAGCCUUUAAAUGUGGGCCAGGGCUUAAGUGCUAUGACCUCAGGUUCAUCUGCUGAUGAUUUAGUGUGCCAUCCUGAGAGAACAGAAUCUACAGUAGAAGUGGAAUCAGCUGAGCAAGUUUAUGUUGUGUCAGCCAUGGCAUCAAGUGAAGCAGGACAGCCACCACCCCAUUCUAAUGUGUGGACUCUCUAUUGCCUAACUGACUUGAGACAAGGUCAAAAAUCACCACCUUCCCUUCCUCCUGCUGGAGCUGGUGUUCCUUAUUCCCAGGCAACCCCUAGUCUUUCCAGGGGGAAAGGUCAACAAUGUGGUCAGCUGUCAAAACUAUCUGCCCCAAUUUAUGUGAUGCAAGAAGAAAGCAAGACAGGAAAUGCUCCACCUUUCAUUUUAGUGGGCUCUAAUGUGCAGGACACACAGGACUGGACACCUAUUCCUAGCCAUGCUGUCUUUGCACAGCAAGAUGCAGGUGCCAAGAGAUUCACUACAGUCCCAGUCCCAGUCGCCAGGCCAGCUGAUGAGGAAAGAGAUUUGGCAAGCCCAAAUUCUAAUUCUGCAGAGGAAACUGAGGCUAAGCUGCACACAGCCCAUGUUUUCUCAGUUGCCAUCCCUCUGGAUGAUGUGAUGUCUGCAAAGAAAGGCCCACCAGCUGGUGAUAAGCACACAGGUUGAGAAGAGAGACUGUGUGGAGUUCAGGAAGAGUUCAGGAGGAACAGAGAUUACAUUGUAAUAAAUCAAGUAAAACUUAAUGCAAAUGCUCAAAAAAAGCCAGCAAUUAG